AUGAAUACCCCUAUUCCUCCUAAGGUUAAAAUCCCUACGUUAGACCCUUAUGAGGGAAAGACAGACCCAACAGACCAUCUGAACGCUUACAAAGCACAGAUGGGAGUUCAAAUCGGGUGUGAAGCCUCAUGGUGUAGGUUCUUCCCUACCACUCUCAAAGGCAUAGCUCAGACAUGGUUCAACAACCUUACCCCAGGGAGCAUAAGAACGUUUGACAUGCUAGCUACUCAAUUAAAAAAGCACUUCAUCGCAAGGGGGAAUGAAAGUCUUAAGGAAUACAUCAAGAGGUUCAACACCGAGUCUCAGCGCAUCCCCGACCUCCAAGACAAUGUUGCUUUUACAGCCCUUCUCUUCGGGCUCAAGUCUAAUAAGAUGAAGUUUGAACUUGUCCAUGACAAGGUGAGUACCUUCUCUGAAUCCAUGGAAAGAGCUGAAAGGAUCAUUGAAUCUAGUGAGGUGUGCAAGGCACCCGUGGCAAACAACAAGGGGAAGAGGAAGCAAGAAGAUAAUUAUCAUGAGAACAGGAAUAGAAGGUCGAGGAGGGCUGAGAGUGAUGAUGAAGGAUUGAAGUACAAUGUUGAUAGGUAUGAGAUUUAUUUGGACAUAAGGCACAAGGCUAUUCUUCUUAAGACUAACCCCAUGAACACGCCAAUUGAGCAGAGGAACAGGAAGCUUUGGUGUGAAUACCAUAAAGAGUGCGGUCACACCACCCGGAACUGCAAAGACCUUAAGAGAGCCCUUGAUAAGCUAGAUGAGGAAGGAAAGCUUAACAGAUAUCUCAAGUCCCCCCCCCCCCGAAGGAUAAGCAAAGAAGCAAAGCUUCCAAGGAAGUGCAAGAAGCCCACAGCUCAGCUGACACUAAUAUGA